CAUUAUUUGUGACUUGGGGUCUCCAACGGUAUUUUAUUCUGAUUGCCAUGAUGUCAGAGUGUCCUACAACUCUAACAACCUUCACCAAACAACAAGGGCAGGUUAGUCCCACUGACCACAGCGUACGGGAGCAGCAUCUAAGAUGGUUCAUACCUUUAAAAGCACCUUGAUUCGCCCUCCUCCCCUCCCCACGCUCCUCCUGGUUGCCAUGGGAAUAGUGAUGUGCGUGUCCGUGACAGCGCCACUUCGUGGUUUCAGAGGCUGCGCGGUGCGUGAGUUCACCUUCGUGGCUCAGAAGCCAGGCUGCAAGGGGCUGCGCAUCACCACAGAGGCCUGCUGGGGGCGCUGUCACACCUGGGAGAGGCCCAUCCUGGAGGCCCCGUUCAUCCACCGUCACCACCGCGUGUGCACCUACAGCCACAUGCGCAUCCUGAGCGCCCGUCUGCCGGGCUGCCUGCCCGACGUGUCCCCCCUCUACCACUACCCCGCCGCCCUGCAGUGCCACUGCUCCGGCUGCUCCACGCUGGACACGGAGUGCGAGACCUUCUGAAGGCUCCGCCCCUCUCCACAACACCUCUGUACACUAGCAUGUUAUAAAUAAAGGUUGGAUUUCUAGCAUUAA